GGGGCCACGGAAGGUCAAGGGCAGCGGGUGGAGGCGCUGCCGGCAGAGACGUGCAGGGCCGGGGGCGCCCGAGGGUUGCAGGGGGUCGGGAGCCCCAGACUGGUGGCGUCAAACAGGCGUAGGGCGUUGGGAACUUGGGUGGGAGGUCGACGGUAGGCCAGGCCGGUGCAGGGGGCGUCUGGAGAGCGUGAGGGCCAAUUCCCAUCCCCCCAGCAGCAUGGCAUCCUGUGCUGAGCCCUCUGCUGCGGACCCUGAGCCCACUGCCCCGCCACCUGCUGGGGUCCCACCACUUGAGGACUUCGAAGUGCUGGACGGGGUGGAAGACGCAGAGGGCGAGGAGGAGGAGGAGGAGGAGGAGGAGGAGGAGGAUCUGAGUGAGCUGCCGCCACUUGAGGAUGUAGGGCAGCCCUCACAGGAGGAGGCCGAACAGCCCGGGGCCCUGGCCCGAGAGUUCCUGGCUGCCAUGGAGCCGGAGCCGGAGCCCGCCCCGGCCCUGGACGAGUGGCUGGACAUCCUGGGGAAUGGGCUGUUGAGGAAGAAGAUGCUGGUUCCAGGCCCACCAGGCUCAAGCCGCCCGGCCAAGGGCCAGGUGGUCACCGUGCAGCUGCAGACUUCGCUGGAGAAUGGCACACGGGUACAGGAGGAGCCGGAGCUGGUGUUCACCCUGGGUGACUGUGAUGUCAUCCAGGCCCUGGAUCUCAGCGUCCCGCUCAUGGACGUGGGAGAGACGGCUAUGGUCACUGCUGAUUCCAAGUACUGCUACGGCCCCCAGGGCAGCAGGAGCCCAUACAUCCCCCCACACGCGGCCCUGUGCCUGGAGGUGACCCUGAAGACUGCCGUGGAUGGGCCUGACCUGGAGAUGCUCACGGGGCAGGAACGCGUGGCCCUGGCCAACCGGAAGCGGGAGUGUGGCAAUGCUCACUACCAGCGGGCCGACUUCGUGCUGGCCGCCAACUCCUACGACCUCGCCAUCAAGGCCAUCACUUCUAGUGCCAAAGUGGACAUGACAUUCGAGGAGGAGGAGCAGCUCCUGCAGCUGAAGGUGAAGUGUCUGAACAACCUGGCAGCCUCACAGCUGAAGCUGGACCACUAUCGUGCAGCGCUGCGCUCCUGCAGCCUUGUGCUCGAGCACCAGCCCGACAACAUCAAGGCACUCUUCCGCAAGGGCAAGGUGUUGGCCCAGCAAGGCGAGUACAGUGAGGCCAUCCCCAUCUUGAGAGCAGCGCUGAAGCUGGAACCUUCCAACAAGACGAUCCAUGCAGAGCUCUCAAAGCUGGUGAAGAAGCACGCGGCCCAGCGGAGCACUGAGACCGCCCUGUACCGGAAGAUGCUAGGCAACCCCAGCCGGCUGCCUGCCAAGUGUCCUGGCAAGGGUGCCUGGUCCAUCCCAUGGAAGUGGCUGUUUGGGGCAACUGCUGUCGCCCUGGGGGGCGUGGCGCUCUCUGUGGUCAUCGCUGCCAGGAACUGACCGCCUAGGUGGCCGCCAUCCCCUCCACUCACUGUGGACCCCACCCUGCGCUCCCUAACUCCCCCAGGCUCCCUGUCCACUGCCCUAACUGGCCUGGCCCCCUCCUCUGGGGCGGGGGCAGUGAGGUUUGGGGGUCACGUGGCCCAGCAAGCAGGAGGGACUGAGCCCUAUAGGAGGAAAGUGAGGCAGGGCCCGGGUCCCACGUCCAGCCCGGAGCAAGGGGGCCCUCAUUCCUCCAGACCCAAUUCCCACCCCUAACCCCACUUCCUGGGUUAGGUCCCAACAGGGACCAGCCUCAGUUUCUCCUUCCCAACAGGCCUGGGGGCAGCCCUUCCCCCACCCAUUCCCUGUCCAAGCGCCAACUCCUCCUGCCCCGCCUGCUGCCCUCUGUCCAGGUACCCCCCACCCCACCCCCCAACACACACACAGUGAAAUAAAGCCUCCCACCCCGCA